AGACAGAGCACAGGGCUGUGCCUGACAGGGAGUCUGGAAUUUCUGGUUUCAGUGUGAGCCAGGGGAGGGGCCUUCAUGUAGAGGGAGGGCGGGAAGCUGGGGCUGGGCCCCAGUCAGCUAUGCAAGGCUGCGUAAGCAGAGGCAGCACAGAACAGAGAGGAUCUCAACACCUUCCUCAAUCGCAGGAGUGGACACUGCAGCUUUGACCACCUAAGGCACCACACUUGCUCCAAAACUUGUAGCUCCAUUUGUCAUUCUGAGGCCCAAGGAUGGAGCCACUAUUAGGGGUGAAAAUUGGCUGCCUGUUUGCCCUGCUGGCUCUCACCCUGGUCUGUGGCCUCAUUCCCAUCUGCUUCAAAUGGUUCCAGAUCAAGGUGGCCACAGGUCGUCACCGCCGGGUCCUCAGCCUCCUGGGCUGCAUUUCUGCCGGCGUUUUCCUGGGAGCAGGGCUCAUGCACAUGACCGCUGAAGCCCUGGAGGGAAUGGAAUCGGAAAUCCAGAAAUUUGAGAUGCAGAUAGACUAUCCCUACGGAGAGCUCGUCAUCUCCCUGGGCUUCUUCUUGGUCUUCUUUAUGGAGUCGCUGGCACUGCAGUGCUGUCCUGGAGCUGCUGGAGGAUCCGAAGUGCAGGAGGAGGAAUGCGGGGGCGCUCACGUGCUCGGAUUCCACAGCCACGGACCUCUGCCCUCGCCCUCGCGCAGCCCCUUUCGAGCCCUCAUCCUCCUGCUCUCACUCUCCUUCCACUCGGUGUUUGAAGGUCUAGCUGUGGGGCUGCAGACAACAGUAGCAGCUACCGUGCAGCUCUGUCUUGCUGUCCUGGCUCACAAGGGGCUCGUAGUGUUUGGUGUAGGACUGCGGCUGGUGCAGACAGGCACUGAGUCCCGAUGGGCCGUGUUGUCUAUACUGUUGUUCGCGCUCAUGUCCCCCCUGGGCCUAGCCUUAGGGCUGGCUGUGGCUGGAGGAGACUCUGAAGGGGCACGAGGCUUAGCCCAGGCUGUGUUAGAGAGUGUGGCAGCUGGCACCUUCCUGUAUGUCACCUUCCUAGAAAUUCUGCCCCGGGAGCUGGCUGGUCCUGAAGCUCCUCUGGCCAAGUGGGGCUGUGUAGCCACUGGUUUUGCCUUCAUGGCUCUUAUUGCAUUGUGGGCCUGAGAGAUUCCUGACUUCUCUGACAGACUCCUCUAGAAUGAUCUCCUACCCCCAGGAGGCACCUCCCCAAUGGCUUUGGCCCUCAGACAUCUUCAGUGAGACUAAGUGGCAUUCACUAGGCAUCAUCCCCCAUGAAUGGGCCCCAGCUCUUCCUACGUGAGAUCCCAUUGCUCAUCCAAGACUGAGAAAAAGAUGUUUGUUUAGGUGAGGGCCUAUACAUUGGAGAAUUGAUAUAAAGACCAUCACUCCAGAUUUGACUCAUCCCGUUUUUGCUACCAUAUGUAAUAAAAUGUCCAUUUCACUCCUCUUCUUCAA